CGCUGCCUUCUACGCCACGACGUCAUCAUGAAGGGGCGGGAGCACGGCGUCGAGUGGGUAACCAAACAGCAGCAGGGGAGAAAGCCACCGGCGGAUGCGCAUCGUUCAGCAUGCGGUGACUAAGGCGGAGGCCUGAAGGCGCUGUGGGUCCAUUGGUGGCAGUAGGAGCAGGAAUCCAGCUUAGAUGAAGGAUGAAGAGCCCGGUGCACAGAUGUAGGGAUGUGGAGCAUAGCCGUGGACAGUCUGGGGCUGGGGGAGGAACCAGCUGCCUACAGGAGGAACAGCGCAUCCCCAUCUCCAAAGACGUCAUCACUUCCUCCUCUGCCUCGGCCAUGUGGUUCAUCAGGGAUGCCUGCGGCAUUGUGUGUGCCAUCAUCACCUGGCUGCUGGUCUUGUACGCUGAGUUUGUGGUGUUGUUUGUGAUGCUGUUGCCCUCCAAGAACCUGAUGUACAGUAUUAUGAACGGGACUCUGUUCAACACUCUGGCCUUCCUUGCCCUCGCCUCUCACCUCAGGGCCAUGUGCACUGACCCUGGGGCCGUGCCAAAAGGAAACGCCACCAAGGAAUACAUAGAAAGCCUUCAACUGAAACCAGGACAGGUGGUCUACAAAUGUCCCAAGUGCUGCAGCAUCAAGCCUGACCGAGCACACCACUGCAGUGUUUGCAAACGCUGCAUACGGAAGAUGGACCACCACUGUCCCUGGGUCAACAACUGUGUUGGAGAGAACAACCAAAAGUACUUUGUGCUUUUCACAAUGUACAUUGCACUCACUUCUCUCCACGCUUUGGUCAUGGUGGUCUUCCAUUUCCUCUACUGCUUUGAAGAUGAUUGGACGAAGUGCAGUACCUUCUCUCCUCCAGCAACAGUCAUCCUCCUCAUACUCCUGUGCUUUGAGGGCCUCCUCUUCCUCAUCUUCACCUCUGUGAUGUUCGGCACCCAAGUCCACUCCAUCUGUACCGACGAGACCGGCAUAGAGCAAUUGAAAAAGGAAGAGAGAAGAUGGGCUAAAAAAACUAAGUGGAUGAACAUGAGGGCGGUAUUCGGACACCCUUUCUCCAUAUUGUGGUUUAGCCCUUUCUCCACCCCCGACCACGGGAAGGCUGAGACCUACCAAUAUGUGGUGUGAAGGCUCAGCACAGGGAGUGAUCAAAACCAAAGUGGGAAGGCCUGCACCCCCCCCCCCCACACACACACACACACACAGCUCAACGCGAUUUACACUGUAUAUCCCACAUUAGCAAUGGACAGCUUUUCAUGUGCUUUUUUUGUGUUGCCAACUAAGUGCUCUAUACGUUUUAUUUUUGUGUUGCCUUGAGUGAGUCGAGUUGCAGAGAAAAAGAAACACUUUACAGUCGUGUUUGCAAACACUGUGAUGGAUCUGUUUGUUUCUGACCUGCUUUCUUUCUCCUCUAUCAGAAGCCCCUCUCUCUUCUUACUGUUUCCUUUUUGCUUCUCCCUAAAGGGUUAGUUCAGCUAAAUUAUAAAGAAAAAGCAGGUAUUAUGUAUUUCCUGUAAUUGCCAGCUAAUUUCAUUACAGUGAAAAUAGGAAAUGAUGUAUAAGGUAAACAAAAAUGCUUCAUAAACUGGCGAAGCACCGAGUUUUAGGACAUUUUAAAGACUAUUUUAGGGUAAAACUGGCUGGAAACUGCAGGUCUCCAGAUUAUAUUAAAAUCACACAUCAGGGUUAGAGUUACUGUAAUUCCACAUUAGCUAUUCUGAUGCCAGUAGAGAGCUUGGUGGAUUUUUUUUUUUAGAUGAACUGACCCUUUAAAUAUUACUCAAUGUCAGUGUGUUCCAGACAUGGACUGGAUAAAGCUUUUAAAUGGGUCUACUCAGGAAUGGAUUGUCUGAACCAUUCAGUAAUCAGACCCACGCUCAGGCCGACCCUCUGUUAUAGUGCUGUACAUAGCACAUCAACAUCUUGCCUUUGUUACAGUGGGAUUCUUCAUAGUUACUGAAAAAAAUCUCUCAAGAAUCAAAUGCAAAGAAAGUGACAGCAAAACACAACAAUUCUAAAAAAGAAUUUACAUUAGAAUUACAUAGAGUGCUCCAUUUGGUUAUGAUAAUCUUCACCUUUGUUUCUGGGUUCAGACUUUUCCUCUGUGGUCUUUUUUUCAGCCCCAGUUCUGACACAAAGCUCUCGUGUGGGCUAGUUACACUUAGAUGAACAUGUCAGUGGACUGAAAGUAAAACUCCAUUAAUUAGAGAAUGGGCUGUCCCUCGGUCUGUCCUAACUGAGAUGUUAUUAUGACUGCUGUUGACAUUAGAAGGUAUUACCGCUUGUUGAAUCUGUGCAUCACUGACUGUUGUCUAAAAGUAGCUGACCAAUGGGGACACAGCACUGUAAGCCCAGCCAUGAGAACUUCACAACGGUGGCGCUCUUGUAGUUUCUAUGUAUGUUCUACCUUUGAGUGUUUUUGCUCUUCUUUGAUUCACUUUUUUCAUUCUUGGGAGAUUUUUUAAAAUGUCAUUAUUAGGACAAAAGUUAAUCCAAAGACUUUUGGUCUGUUAUGUUUGUGAUGAGAGUUCUAAUUUUCCAAAUGGAUCCCUUUUCUUCCCUGUUAGCAGUGACUUUCAGAUUGUCACAUUCUUACAUUCAGGGUGGAGUUGAAAGCAGUUUUGAAAACAGAGCUCUGUUAUCUCAUCAUGUCAAAACCUGCACAUUACACUGCAUUUAACCGUUUGGGUUCUCAUUAAUGUAAGACUACACGAGGCAGAGGAUCGCAGUGGUACCAAAAAGCAGAGCUGAUAGCCUGCUGUGACUAAAGGAUAGCAGAUGUACUGAAUAUUUAAAGUGGGCUUGUUAUGCUCAUUCCCAGCUCCACAGUUCCAUUCUUGGUCUCGGUUUUCUUUAAACUGUGAAUCGUGCAAAGCUAAGCUAGUAAUCUUUAUUUAUCCUGUGAGGGACCUUUGUGCUCAUCUGAAACGAGGUGGUGUAGUUCCCUACCUUCGAGGCAGCCCUUUCUCAAAACCAACUAUAUUCUGAUUGGCUGCCUCUUGUAAAAAGAAUGUUUGAGUUGGAUGGAGCUUCUGUGUUCACAGUCAGAGCCAGAGAUGGCCAUGUUAGAGAGAUCCUCUGUCUUUGACAUCAAACAGAGGAAAGAGCAGAACAAACUGUUUGAAACUGAGUUUAGAGCAGUCUGAAGUCUCACCUCAUUAUUUGAAACUUAUUUAAUAUAAGCACCCAGCAUAAUAACACAAAGUAUGGCUCAAAAUAAGGAAAAGCAAAGCAAAUUAGGUCUGAUUUAGUAGCUGACCCUUGAUCAGCUAUUGAAAGUCAGUUUUGGAGGAUCUCUGUGAUUAAACAAAAAAGACCAAAAAGUCACGCUGCAGCCUAAUCAUGUUUUCAUUUUUAGCACCUACAACAUUGUCCCUGUUUCCUCUCUGAUACAUGCUCAAGAAAAACAAAGCCUCUUGGAAGACAGAAAUGCAUCUUAUUUUUGGCUAAAACAAACCAGGAGGUUUCUGUUUGUUCCAGCAAACAGAUCCAGAUUCUCAGUGUUUAAGCUGGCAGUCUGAGUUCUGCUAAAGGAAGGAAAAGGAAAGGUGACUGAUGUCGACCUCAGCCUGUCUUUAAGCAGGAAAAACAUGUGGGUUAGAAUGAUGCUGACAGUCUGUCAACAUAUGUUCAUUCUGGAUUUUGUUUUUUAUGUUGUUGGGGGUUUUUUUGUGUUAUUUUUUUUUUAUAAGAAAGGUUUAGCGUCCUACAGUAGCCUCCCACUAACACUCUGUUUGCAUGAAUACGUGCCAGUGAAUCACAGCUCUAAGCCCAUGUGGUGUUUUGAUGUUGUGAGCGUGUGCCAAAUUCAAUAAAACCCACAAUUCUGCGAUUAUUUGGUAACCCUUUGAUAUGAAUUUGCUCUGAAGGGACACUGGCUUCAGUUUAAAAUCCUCUUCGCUGCCGGAAAUGUAUAAAAUCGUGUUCGGAGUUAAAGAGACGACGUGGAUUUAGAAUAUUCAUUUCUGCACCACGCCAGCCCACAAAGCAUUUAACCGAGGUAUUAACAUUCACUAUCCAAUUUAAAGUCGUUAAAAAAGAAGAUUUAAUUUCACUUUGUAUUUCUUUGUAUUUGAUUUGAGAUUUUCUCCUGGGUGAACUGCUUUGUUCCAAAGUGUGCGGUUUUAUUCUUCUAUUCUUUGUUUACAUGAUAUUGUGUGUAUCCUUUGUUUUUGAAUGCAUGGUACAGCUGAAGGCUAGUUUAAUUGUGUAUGUGAAACACUGCUGGUAUGAUGAUGCAGCUGAGUGACGGCAGAGAUUAUUAUUAUUAUUGUUUUGUUAUUUUUACAGAAAUUUUAAUUCUUUCUAAAUAUUCUGAAGAGAUUUCAGCACAUGCACAGAGAAUAAAAUCUUCUCAGAUGCAAUGCAACAACUGUGUUUGCUUCCUUUGUGGAGGUGCAUUUAUUUACUUUUGCCUGUCCCUUUAUUUUAUAUUCAAAUAGUAAUACCGGAGCAGAUGUGGGUUUUUUGUUGGGGUUUUUUCCUCCUUCUCCCCGUGCACACAGUUCUUAUAUGGCCCUCACAUCCUGCAUUUUCCCUCCGUCCUUGUCUUCCAUUCUGCUCCCACGUCUGGGAUCCUCCUCCCCCCGAUACUGUGUCCUCUCCUCACUCAUGCAUUUUUGCUUUGGUUGAUAACUCACUCUGCCGAAAGCUUUCCGAAGCAGACAGCCCUUUGUAAUCUUGACUGAGGUAAGCUUGCGAACAGCAGUCACAUUGGCCGUCCCAUCAAGCUUGACAUGUCACAUGUAUGCACGCUUCAAUCAGAAGGCCGACGUGUGCUUUCAGUUCCUCCUUUGCUGUUUUACUUCAACCAAACGGUUUGAAUGAAUGAGUGAGUUCUGUCUGUGAUGCAUGUGCCAUCUGUUUAUUUUUGAAGUGCAUGCCAGUCUUUUUGGACAGCAGCAUGAAAUGUUGGGCAUGUUUCUUUAAAAACAAAUUGAAUAACAUGGAACCUAAAGCAUGUAGAGGACACCGUUAACACUCAUCAGAAGUCAAGUCAUCUAACUUCUCAGUUAGUGUUAACUGUAACUUGUGGCCAUGAAGCAAUCUUUGCACCAGUACACUAGAAGAUGGCUGUAAAAUCCACUGUUUGCACUGCAUAAAUAGAAGUCCCAAAGUUGAAACUAAUAUUAGAUUCAGCCGUCUGAGUUACCCAAAUGGAUCUUUGACUGUCACUAAAAAUACUCUGUCAAGACUCAGGUUGUUUUUUGUUUUUGUUUUUUUUACAUUUACAUUUAAAACACAAACUUCCCGAAAACUACCUUCAGUGGCAUGUACUUGAGUGUCUUAGCUAAGCAUAAAGACUAUAAACAGGGCACCUGCUAGCCUAACCCCGUAAGCACUCUAAAGCUCACAGAACUACAUGUUGCCCCAAAAAGUUGAUUCUGUUCAUUUGGACGGAGCGUUUUCAGUGGGAGAAACGCUUUGUCACUCAUCCAAGUGACUUCUUUAAUGUCCGCUGAUUGCAGGUUUACUUCACCUUAUAAAACAGUACCUUUGCACAAUGACUGAAACCACCACCGGCAGGAGUCAAGGAGGCAAUUUACGACCAUCUAUGAAUCGAGGAGGGGGCUUAACGGUAGCUCCUGCCAUGUUACAAUGCUGUGAUUGCAGCCAUUCCCCAACUCUCUGUGAAUGGUACUCAUGACCAUUGAUCAAUGGUUUUUGAUCAGCGCUGAUAACAAAUUUGCAUAUUAAUGAU